AUGUCUUCACGCUUCGAUGAUCGAAGACGCGAGUACGACAGGGACGACCGCGGUGCGCGGUAUACUGACCGCGAUGCACCUCAUCGGGGUGGAAGGAGCCGCUCGCGCAGCCCUCGCAGGGGUGGGGGCGACAAGGACAGAGAUAAGAGGCCCACCGACCGCAGAGACCACCACAGAGACGACAGGGACUACCACAGAGAUAAUAGGAGACGAGACGACCGCGAUAGACGAGACCAUCAUCGUGAUGAUCGCAGGGACGCAAGGGACCGUGACCGUGACAAGCGCGACCCCCCGAGACGUGAUGAGCGAGGCAGAGACAUGAGCCACUCGGCUCGUAGAGACGAUAUUUUGAAGCCGAUAGACAAGCGUUUCGAUGCAGCAGAAAGUAGAAAAGCUAGCUUCAAUCCGGGUUCGGAGGAGCCAAAAUCUCGCCAGGUUUCUGAGGUGCCAACAGAAGACCGGGAAGAAGGCAAUGCCAUGGAUCAGGAACCCCAGCAGGACGAAGAAGCGGCUAUGAUGGCUAUGAUGGGCUUGCCGAUGCAGGGUUUUGGCAGCACAAAGGGUAAGCACGUAGAGGGAAAUCAAGAAGGCUCCGCAAAUGUCAAAAAGGUGCGGACGUGGCGUCAGUAUAUGAAUAGGUCGGUCAGCCUUUCUCGUUAUCCAAAGUAUGACCUCACCGUUCAUGUGGUCGAUAUCGACCGGUCAGAAUGUGACGCAAUGCUUAAGCGUGUCCUCCGCCUGUACGGUUCCUUCGCUCGUUUCACCGACUAUACCAUGAGCACGUUGGUCGUCCGUCUAGUGGAAUCGUGCCAGGUGCAGAGUUUACUAGAACAGCUGAAUUCAUGCUGGGAAUAUCCCGUGUGA